GUAACGGCCUACUACAAGAAGCGAAUACACGAAGAAAUGCGUUCAAAUGGUUGCACGAGAAACAAUGAAUAUCAGCAUAGUGGUAGCCAACCUAAUAUUAGCUCAACGCAAGCAUAUGACUGCAAGGGCAGUUCAACAAAAAAGCGACGCACUUGUGACUCCAGUGAUGAAUCAGCAUCAACAGUCUCAAUGGAACCUCUUUCCCAUCAAACGGUCGAACCUGAUGACUCAAGCGAGGAAGCCAGCAGCCAUAGGCGGACAAAUCCCCCAAUCUUCUGUUUUUUUUCACAGAGCUUUGUGCGCCGCGUUGUGGAUGAUACACUAGACAGAACAAUUACCUUUUGUGAGCAGCCCCGUCAGGCAAUCAUUGCCCUUGAGCAUAUUUGUGCAAAAGCUUGGCCUCAACUGGAACUAAAGCGGCACCGUAAUCGCAUUCGUGCGUACCUGAAAGCCUGUCGGCGCAAUUCCAAGAAAAACAAGGGUCAUAUAAAUAUGAAAGAGCCUCCCAUGAAUGGCCUAUCGAUCGAAGCGCGACAUCUGGUAGCAAAUGCUCUCAGUCUGGUGUGCGAAGAAGUGAAUCAACUAAAACGUGUAAGUAAGCUUGUUCCCCACUUCAGUCCCUCGACUAAAUGUUUGUUUCCAUACCCUCUGCACCUCGUAUUCAACCGACUGGCACACUGUUCUUUUCACCCUCCUGUAUUCCAGAAAAUUCAUUUGGAACACGCCAAGAACCUUACCUUACGCAAACCAUCCAUCAGCCCUUCGAAAAACAAUUAUACCCUCCCAGACGCACAGGAGUCACAUUUUAAUACCAACUCUCUGGCCCCAAAGGACAUAUCUCUCAACUCAGUCAAAUCACAAACAGAGUCUCCCUAUAUGUGUGGUGAGAAUGUUGAACCGGAUAUAUUCUCUACGAACCGGUACGACAUAAACCUGUUGUGCAAACCCAUGCCAACGUCUUCACAUUCUGGUUCAAACAGCAACUGCAAGAAUGAUGCCACUUUGCCUGGGAUAGGCACAACUCCAAACCUUUUCCCUCCACCGUCUUCCUAUGAUAAUAUGUACAUGGCAGCGAUGUUAAGGCUUCUACCCUCAGUGCUCCAACAUCCUCUCACUGUGAAUAGUCCCAACGAUACACAAUCUUCCCUGUACGCAAAAUCAACUCUUUCAUCUGAUCGGCUGGUCAACGGAAAGCUGAUGAAUGGAUCACCCAUUUCAGCGUGGAAUACUUCUAACGGAUACAAUGAUGAAAAGCUCACAAAUGAUUUUGGUAACCAUCCACGCUCUUCAGACUUAGCGCCAAACAGGGAUAAGGCAAAUGCCUAUAUUGGUUUGCCUUAUGAGGAUGAUAUCUGCAAGCCACUCAGCCGCUACUCCAUCAACUGCUUUACGGAAGAAUUUGGUUCCUCGAUGCCCACACCUGAAGCUCCACCAGCACAUAUCAACGCUAUCCAGUACAGUUUCAGUCUAAAAGAAGCAGUUCAAAGAUUGACGGACGUACGGAUCCUGACUAAA